UCCUUUAAAUGGCUGAAACGAAGGUCAUGCACACCUACAGCACAUAAAAAGUGGCUUGUCGAUAAAGUCUGUAAUUACAGACAAAAUAUGGUCUAAUAGCAAGGAUCCCACUGGGGUGUAUUUAUACCAUACUGAGGCAACACAGGAUGCUGUCAUGUUAUUGCUAGAUGUCGAUUGUAUUUUAAUUGUUGUGCUUGUAUGUAUAAUAGUCAGUUAUCAUAAAAGGCCACAUGAUGAAUAAAUCCUAAAUGAUCUGGGUACACUGGUCGGGGAUCAUUACCAUGCUCAGGGUCACCCAUUUGUACAGAACCACAGCUGUCUAGUAAGGAGUGUGUAUGUUGGUUACCUUGCCCCUUUACCUCACCAUGGCUUUUGCUGCUCUUUUCCAGAGGAUAUCCAGCAGACCAUCGAGCGCCUGGUGCGCUCUGAGAGACACGCACGGAUUGACUUGCCCAACUUGGACAAGUAAGAACAUAUGCCAGGGUUCAACUGCACUGACAGUAUGACCACGCCCUCACCAUGCCCCGACCACACCCACCACCUAAACCUUCACACAAACAUUUUUGCUGUCAUGCCCUGAAUAUCCCAGACCUUCUGGUCCUUCUGGAGGAGGCAGAGGGGGCACAGGACCCCUUCUUUGGGGUGAUGGGCCUUAAGAACCAGCAACCCAGUCCAUAUGACAUUCCUCAGCUGAUGGAGAGCGUGACUCCGGAGCGCUCCCUAGGGACCAGUCCCGGGACUGCAUCAGACGGCGAAGGUUUUAAAUCCCCGCCUGAUGCCAUCACCCUAAAAGAGGAAUCUCUUGUCUUUGGGGCUCCUGAGUUUGAGGGCGCUGAGCUUCCUGAGGCCACAGGCAAAGAGAUCGACAUGCUUCUAGAGCAGCCGGACCAAUUCCACAAUGAGGAGGAGAGGGAAAAUGACAGGGCUGGAGACAGAUCGAGGGACAUAGAGCCAGGCAUGACCUCCAUUGACCAGCUGAAAGUGUCGGCAGUCGGGGGCGACAGUGUGGGGUUGCUGGACGAGGACUCAGGUCGGUUCCUGGAGGUUGCCCUGGAAGUUACCCCUGACCUUACAGAUGCCUUCGGGAGAAAGUGCGAGUCCAAGAGGAGAGUGGAGAAAGCACCAGAAAGCUCCUGUGGCAAGCUCCUCAAUAUAGAAGCUCCUCCUAAGAGGAGGCGAAGGCGGCAGCUCAUCUUCGCUGACCCUCAUGUGCAGAUCUCCCAGGAUGCAAUGCGGUUGCAGAUCGAGGACGCCCUCACUGAGAGUGUGCCCAUGUCCCAGGUGCUGAUUAGCCUUCCGGCUCACAGGACCACAGCAAAGCUCUUCAACAACCCAACUAGUUCUCUCCUGCACCCUGACCUCCUGUCACUUUGGACCCAGUGUGCCUCCUUCAGCGCGCCCCCUCACCACGAGGAAAGACCAGGACAGGGCGAGACGGAGGAGGAUGGCAGCUCUGCGCUGGACCAAUUGAGGAAGGAGGGAGAAAUGGAGAGGAUGAAGAGUGAGGUGGAGCUGAGGAGGAGGGACCACUGCAUGCGAGAGAUCCCUGAAGAGUUGCUGGAAACUGAAGGAGCGGCCCCAUCAGAAGCUUCAGCUGAGGUUCUUCUGGACGUUUCUAAAGAAGACAAAUCCCUGGAGCAGAUCACUCCUGUCAGCAUAGGCUCCCUGAUAGAAGAAGCCCCAGUCCCCAUGGAGGCCAUUUUGGAGGAAAUUGUGGAUCUACCAGACAGAAACGAAGAAGCAAGAGAGGGCAGUACUGAGGCCCUGUUGAGUUGGGUGUCAUCCAUCCUGAGGAAGUUUGGAAAAGUCUAUUUCCAAUCUCUGCUGCCCCUGGAGGCAGACCGCACUACUGCAGCCCAUAUGCUAUCUAAACUGCUAGUGCUGGUGUCUACUAGGGAUUUGUCUGCACAUCAGGCUGAACCCUACAGCCCCAUCACCAUCAUUCCUGGACCGUUUAGCGCUCUGAACACAGAAGAUUUCCCCACAAACGCACACACUUACACUCUCUUAGAGGAUGACAGGCUCCGUAGGAGGUGGGAGGCUGUUGUUUGAAUACUAACUGAUAAUGUUAAUUCAUGUUAAAUUGUAGUUAUGCAAUAUCACGUUGAACUGUUCUGUGGCACACAUAAAUUAUGACUUUUUAACUAAAAAUGUUUCAUAACAAGAUGAAAUAACUAAACCAGUAAAACUGGUUUUUAUAGUUGCUAUUUAUAUUAUUAAU